AUGGGCCCCCAUACCGACUCCUCAUGCUGCUGCCAGGCCCGUAAUCUGCCAUGGGCCCCCGUACCGACUGCUCAUGCUGCUGCCACGCCCGUAAUCUGUCAUGGGCCCCUGUACCCGCCUCCUCAUGCUGCUGCCAGGUCCAGAGUGUGUCAUGGGUCCCUGUACGGCCUCCCAUUGCUGCUGUCUCCAUCGCCACAACUCUGCCAUGUGCCACUUUCAGGUCUCCUCACACUGCUGGUGGGUUUCCAUUUUGUGUCAUAGGGUGCUGUAUGGCCUCCCAUUGCUGCUGCCUCCACCACCACACUGUGGCUCCACACUCUGAUUUUGGCCCCGUGGACUGCCCAAAUGAGUGAAGUGUGCGGUGAUUCUAAGAUCGACGGCACUCAUCUGCAUGUCAUACUGACUGACAGUAUUAUUUCUCUUCCCCAGCAGACUUCAAGGGCAUUUAAAUUAAAGGUACAGUGUUCUUGCACUAAUAUAA